CCGUCAUUCUUCAGGUUCUCACGUUGAUAUUAAAUCGAUUUACCGAGGAACACGAGGAUGUUUUCGUCUUGGAAAAUCUGUUGUGGGAGAGUGCGGCAACGAUGGGUAUUUGCGGUGAUGGGAUGUUUGGCGAUAACAGUGUCAUACGCGACGCGAAUUUGCUUAUCACUUGCCAUUACGCAGAUGGUGACAACCGCCGAAUCGUCUUCAAACAGCACUACAGACGGAGAAACUUGUUCGGGGACUCUUUCAGCUUCGUCGAGUAGCGCUGGCAGCGAAACGUACGACUGGGAUGAAUACACUCAGGGAAUCAUUCUAUCGAGUUUCUACUGGGGUUACAUAGUAUCCCAAGUACCAGGAGGCGUUAUGGCGGAUAAAUUCGGAGGAAAGUACACCCUGAGUGCAUCAAUCCUGUCAUCGACGACAUUUACCCUGCUGACACCAUUGGUAGUGAAUAAAUUCGACUCGACGGGAUUAAUAGUGCUCAGAAUCUUGAUGGGACUUGGUGAAGGAACGACAUUCCCAGCGUUGAACGUGCUCAUAGCGGAAUGGGCGCCGCCGCAUGAAAGGUCGAAGAUCGGGACGAUGGUGAUGACGGGAACACAGGUCGGAUCGGUCGUGGGAAACGCUUUGUCCGGAAUCUUGCUCGAAUACUCGCCGAUCGGGUGGCCGCUGGUCUUCUACUUCUUCGGUAGUCUCAGUGCCUUGUGGCUGGUGACCUGGAUUCUCUUCUUCCACAGCAACCCGGACAUCCAUCCGUACAUCAGUGAGACCGAGAAGAAGUACAUCCAGGACAAGAUAAGCGAGAACACGAGGAAGCACACUCAGCCAAUCCCCUGGCGCCACAUGGCGACCUCUUUCCCGCUCUGGGGUCUUCUCAUCGGCAAGUUCGGACACGACUGGGGCUACUACACUAUGGCAAACGAUCUCCCAAAGUACAUGAACAACGUCCUCAAGUUCUCCAUAACCUCGAACGGCCUCCUCACCGCUCUACCCUACCUGGCGAUGUGGAUCCUGAGCAACAUAUCCUCAGUCCCUGCCGACUGGCUGAUAAAAAGCGGUAAGAUGACGACCACCCACGUCCGCAAGGUCUUCACUACCUUUGGCUCUGUCGGACCAGCGAUCUUCCUCGUAGCAGCGUCCUACGGCGGAUGCAACCGCGUCCUCGUCGUUAUUCUCUUCAUUAUUGGCGUCGGUUCGAUGGGACCGUACUACCCUGGAUUAAUGGUUAACGGUGUCGACCUCAGUCCCAACUACUCGGGCACGUUGAUGGCUUUCAUGAUCUCCACUGGCUCCCUCGCUGGAAUAGUGACGCCCUACGUGGUCGGAGUGCUAACUCCUAAUCAGACCGUGACUGAGUGGAGAUUAGUGUUCUGGAUCACCUUCGCUGUGUUCAUGGUGACGAAUGUUGGCGUUUUGUUUUGGCAAAAGGGCGAGAUUCAGUACUGGAACGACCUGGAAAGCCGGAAGAACGAACCCAAGGAUGUUGAGAGCGAAGGAACGGCCGUCAAGAACGUGGAAAACUUUAGUACUAAGGCUGUCACGUAGAAACAGUUGUAACCAAGAAGAACUUGCUCUUCCAUACUUGUCUCGUCGUCAUUACAGUCAAUGAGCGUCA